AUAUAUCGGUGGUGAUGGUGUGUGUGGUGUGUUCACUGGAGAGAGAGAGAGAGCGAGCGCUUCUUCUUGGACAGCUGAUUCCGAUCUUAAUUUGGGUGGAUGGCGGCAUAUCGGGGAAAGCUUCCGCGACUACUCUGUACCUCAGUGUUCUCCAGGUUCUCCGUUUAGCACUGAGGAGUCCUUCGCUCCGUGACGAUCUGGGGGAACUGCGCAUGUGGGUACUCUUCGGCGUGACAUCGCGAGUUACAAAAUGGUGAAUGUCACUGAAUAUCUUCAAACAACCGAGCGUACAGGAUCUUGUGAAGGACGUGUAUCUCCGCAAGACUCUCGCCAGAUACACGGUUGCAACCGUGAAGGAUGUUCAAAUGGAGGCGCUGCGCAAUCCAGAACGGAAAAUCACGCAGGGCGACGUAGCGAAUCGUUUCUGUGAGGUGAUCGAGGCGAUAUUCCUCCAUGGCUCGAAAGGUCGUUUAACGAAAAUGAUGAGCGACGUGUUCGGCGGCUCGCGGCUGCCGAAACCGGAUUUUUGGGACCUCGUGAUGCUGUACACUCAUCGGGACGAUCUACAAACGCUGAGCUCAUUGGAUCAAAUCACCACCGAUGUUGGACGUUGCCGAGCUUGGGUUCGGCUCGUGAUUACUGAUGGCACCCUCUCGUCGUUCGUGGAAUGCAUCUCUCAGGAUGUGAAAGCGUUGCCGUCGUUCUACAGGUCCUCUGCCUUCUUGAGAGAUCCAGAGCUCGUGGCUAUCGUGAUCCGGCUCCUUAGUUCACUGCUGAGCCACGUCAAAGUCUCGCUCCCUCUAAAUGUCGCGUCGCUGAACGUCUGGCAGAAGCAACCGCUGCUACUAUCCGGCUUUUGGAAAGACGGCGGCGAUGAGGAUGUACAACCUGUGAUGAGGGGUGUCGAUGUCGACGACUAUUUUAUUAGCGACGAUGCGGCGCACAACAAGAAAGGCUCCGCCGGAAAAGUAUCCUCGCAUCGCCUGCCCAUAGCAAGGGAUCGUGGAUGUGAAGAAAGUCUCAGAGACUUAGUUCUCUCAAAGAGUAUCGCUCAAGAAAUCGAACAGGCCUUGGAGAAAAACCGACAGGAAGAGGAAUCGAGACAAAACGACGAGACUGACCGGCAAUCCGGCGCCUCAGAAGAUGUCAGACAAUUGCUCAACGAACUACAACUGGAUUCGGAUGAAGGCUUCCGAACACUCGAAGAACGAGACGAGCCUAUAGUAGCUGUUGCCAGCCCGCAACCGGAACUCAAGGAGGAGGAAGGAACCGAAGACAAGUGCCUGACGAGCUCGGUCGAGCAUCAAGGAGCAGAAGGGUCUGAGGAAACGGUCAGGAGCUGGGCCGGUGGUAUGGUGGAAAGCAGUCUGGGAUGGUCUUCGCCAUUCAGCGACCCCGGAACCCACGAUGGCGGUGGAGAGAGAGUCACGGGGAUGCUCACGCAAGAGAAACAUGAAGACGAGGGCGUGGAGGAGGCGAGUUUCGACUCGAUUCUGAACUCGUACACGAAACACAUCGCCGUGAACCCCCUCGUGUCACCGGUCGGCACGCCGGAAUUGUCGAACAUGCUCUCUCAGGUUUACGGUUCGAAGGCGAACCCGCCGUCGUUGGCCGCUUAUCUUCGCGACGAGAGUGACGAUGCGAACCAAGACGGAGAGACGGAUGGAGUCGAUGACGAUUUCGAAGUCAUCCCGAAACCGGCUCGAGAAGAUGAACGGACGCUCGAGCUGCUGGAGAACAUCGGGCGAAUUCCCAAGGAGUUUGGUCUGGAUCAGCAGAAUUUCGAGUGUUUUGGCUGCAAGUGCUCAAUCGGCAUGAUUUUCGGACCAUAUAGGAAAUGCUCACUCGAUGGACAUUUGUAUUGUCAGGAAUGUUUCUCUGGGGGUAAAGACGAGCCAGCAGAGGAGCACGUUGUGCCAGCCAGAGUCGUCCAUGACUGGGAUCUACGAGCGAACCCUGUGUGUCGCUUCAACAAAAUGUUUCUCUUAAAGUACGAGCAGGAACCUUUGAUGGACAUUCGAGAGCUCAACCCCGUCCUGUACGCGGUAGUUCCCCAGUUGGCGGCCAUUCAAUCCCUCAGACGACAGUUGGGCUUCCUGAGACUCUACCUGUUUUCCUGUUCCGACAAUGUCAGCCUCCAGCUCCAGAAGAUGGUUUGGCCCCGCGAAUAUCUCUACGAGCACGUCCAUCUUUAUUCGACUUCGGAUUUGUUGUCGGUCCCAUCAGGCACCCUGCAAAGACUUCUCGAGAAAGCAUGUACCUUUGCGAGCAAACACGUGCUGUCCUGUCAGCUCUGCGGGCAGAAGGGAUUCUUCUGCGAGCUUUGUAACGAUCCCAAGAUGAUAUUCCCCUUCCACAUGGCGGAAACUCAUUUCUGUGAGUUGUGUUCUGCGCUGUACCAUCGGCAGUGUAUGCUGACUCACGGGAACUCAUGCAACAAAUGCGAAAGACGUCGGCUACGCGAAGAGAAACUAGCUCGGGAGGAGGAGCGUUUUUCAGAGGACAACGUGAAUCAGAAUGUCGAGGCUGAAGCGAGCGGCCAGCUCCAAGAAGCCGUUCUGCCGGAAUAAACAUCCUAGGGAGUGGCUCAAAGAUGUGAGGGGAUCCUGUAUGAAGAUUGCCCUGGAGAUUUUUGCCGCGCGUGUGCUCAUCCAUCUCUCCGGCUCGGGUGGGAGGUCCGAGCAAUGUGGAAGGACACUCCUCUGUUAUAUGAUGAUUCCAUACUGUGAUCUGCGAGGAGACACACAACUUCAAUCACAAUAGCCCACAUGGGUUGCCAUUCGUGUGUACAGGAGUCAUACAGUCCGAACGAUAUUUUCAUAUACAUACAUACAUGUAAUACUAGAUUAUAA